AAUUUUCUCAUUUCUCUCUUUGUUCUUAGUUCGGAUCUACAUAUACACAUAUGGAUUCUCUUUCAUUUGUUGGCUUUUUCUUUGCGUUCUUUUUUAGUUUUAUAUGUCUGUCUCAAGGCUAUACGUUUUAUGCUGGUGGUAAAGAAGGUUGGGUUUUAAACCCGUCUGAAUCUUAUGACCAUUGGGCCAGAAGGAACCGCUUUCAAGUCAAUGACACUAUAGUAUUUAAGUACAAGAAAGGGUAUGAUUCAGUUUAUAUGGUCCAUGACAAUGAUGACUAUUUAAAAUGUAACAAAACAAGCCCAAUCCAUCAUUUAAAAGAUGGCCAUUCUAAAGUGAGAUUUACAAGAAAUGGCCCAUUUUAUUUCAUCGGUGGAAAAGACGAUAACUGUGAGAAAGGUCAGAAGCUUCUAGUAGUUGUCAUGUCGCCGAAUCACCGCAAAUCUUCAUCUCCGGCGAGUUCUCCGGUGACAAUCCCGACUCCUCCACCGGAAUCUGUUUCUCCAUCUCCGGCGCCGGCGGCAUCCGCGGCGAUUGCAGUGGAUGUGAGCUCAUCAAGUGUUCUGUUUGGAGUUUUUAUCAGUUUAAUUGCGGCAGCUGUUUUUCUGUAAUUUGAUUUUGAUUAAUUUGCGUUAAUUUUGGUUUUGUUUUAAUGUGUUUGGUUACUCUAAACUCUUAUUAGUUGUUGUGUUAUGAUAAUUACUUUCAUUAAGAUCUAAUUUUUUCGUUGUUUUA